AUGCAGUUCUUCACGACUUUGCUACUCUUGGUGGUGCCAUGUGUGAUUGCCGCACCGGGCGAUACUAUUGGAAUCCGUCACCCGGAUUACCAAUGCUCAGUCGCAUCCCAGCUUGCUCUCAUCGAGGGCGAAUGCACUACUGCCAGCGGUGCCAUGUCUAUUAACUUUACUGGAAUCACCAACUGUGAUCUACACCGAACUGAGGAUUGCUCGGAUACUCCUGACCACAGGACUUUGCAACAAGGAUGCCAGACCUUUAUGCCCGGAGAUGAAGUAUACCGCGCUUUGAAGUGUGCUCCUCAGGCAUAA